AUGUUAAGAACACUGAGAGUGAAUCAAGAAGCGUGUAGGUUUUGGCCUUGGGAUACUGUUGAAAAGUCUUACACGAUACGUAAUGAGACAGCCAUAGCUAUUGGAGAAAACUUACCUGAGUUAAGGCACCUUGAACUUAUUGAAAACUACAUGUCGUAUACCGGGUUGCAAGUCAUUUUGGAUGGUUGUUGUCAUCUUGAAUUGCUUGACUUGCGUCAGCUGAUAACUACACAUCUGAUGAUGACUAUGCUUUUUAUUAAUGGACGGUGUGGCUGUUGCGACCAAGAAAUUUUCUUUCGUCUUUAA